AUGGGCCGUGUUCAAGCAAAGCCAGAGAGCGGACGUGCCGGUUUGGAGCGAAAGACAUCCCUUGCUAAGGUUGUUCCCAUCAAUGCCGAAUCAAGGCCAACUGGCGACCUCUGCAAGGAUUUUGAAGACUUGAUGAGAUCGUAUCAGGCGGAUUGCAAAGAUGACAAAGACUUGCAAGACUUCGACGCCGAACUCAGCUCCAGCGCCAAAGAAGUCUUCUGCAGUACCGGUUUUGAUCGGCUUGAGAAAUACCUAAAGUAUCUGAAGGAUUCCGACGAGAAGAUGAAGGAGGUAAUCUUGUCAUCCAUAACACAGAUACGUGAGGCAGAGGAUGUGCAGGCGAUGACGGAGAAUGAGAAGAUCUUAGAUGAUUUGAUCAAAAUGUACACCAACAAUAGCGGGCAGACGCAUCAACUCUGCGGAGCGGAAUUGCGAAUUUUCAUCGACUCGGCUCGUGCGGUCCAUUCAUGCAUUACAAAUGUGCUUGAGAGGGGAGUGUCGAAGAAGUUCAACGAGUCUGUGAGGAAGUAUCGCCUUGAUGCUGAAGCAGUAGCUGCAAAAGUGAAAUCCCUGCGCGACCAACACACAGACAUGCUUCACCAGUUGAAAGAUCAAAUUCAGAAGUGUGAUAAGAAGCUGGAGCGUACUCGUACUUUAAAGAAGGUCGUAAAUGUGGUGUUCAUAGGUAUGUUGUCUGGUCUGUUUGUUUGCACCAUCAUGGCGGCGGCUAUGGCUGCUCCGCCAGUUGCGUCAGCCUUGACCACUCAUCCAUGUAUUGCCGGAGUUAUUGCUGGUGGUGCCGUUGGUUAUGCUUGUUCGUCAGUAUUAAAAGAGGGACGACACUGGCUUCUCACUUUGAUUCAAGAUUGUGAAUCAACUCUGGAGGCACAUAAGGGUGUAAUUCAGUCGAUGGAAGCCGGAACCGGAGUCGCCAUUAAAGAGUUGGAUGACAUCAUUUGUCUUGUUGAGAAGGUCAUUGCAAAGGGGAAUGAUCCAGUGUUGUCCAAUUUAUGCUCUGCAAAUGAUAAGGGAAGAGUAGAUGUGGAAAUUGAUGAGAAAGAGAUUAUUGAAAAAAAGCGGACAGAGUUUCACCAAGCAAUUGAGGAAUUGGACAAGAAAAGAGAGGACUGCCUCAGGGUUGUAGAGAAGGCAAGCAAAAAGGUUCAAAGGGAAUAUGACGAAUUGAAGAGGAGCCCAGUGUUAAAGACGAAGAUCAAGAAAUAG